UUUCUUUUUUUUUUUUUUUUUUUCUUUUUUUUAAUCUUCCAUCCAUCGAUCGAUUCGAAUAAAAUUCGAAAAGUGAUCUCGAUCCUCGGCCCCCCGAUCCCCGAAUCGAGGGACAAAACGCGAUGAUGGAGCGAUUAAAGAGGAAACGGAAGAGGACCGACGGUCAGAAGAAAGUAUUGCUCUCCAUCGUCGAUCCCUGGGACGUGAGCGUGGCCAGUGUCGAUCCAGUCGGCUUGGCAGAACGACGAGGCGUUUCCCUGUCUAUCUUAGUGCCGCAAGAGGAGGGAAACGCGGUCCAGGAACCAUCAACACCAGGCAGAACGGUCAAGAUUCCCUCGCCUUGGUACAAACCUGCCUACAACAACGUCGCCGACCGUUUUCCAACAAGUGGUCAAAUCUUCGAAACGGGCUCCUCUUCCUCCACCUGGGUGGAUCCUUGGCACUCUUCCAGCAGAUCGAGCGAAGGAGGGCAGCACGGUGCGCCGGAAGCGGCGCAGAAACCGAUAAGGAAGAAAGGGCAGAACGAAGAAAGGCGGAGGAGAGACGGUGGCGGCCUGCGGAGAAUCGCGGACGGGAAUGGAUUAAUCGGCGCGCCGCCGGAAAUCACGUGCGACGAUUUCGAUCACGACGGUGGAACGGUUGCGAGAGUUCGUUUCGAGGAGGAACGUCCUAGAAGCUCCACUUGGGGAUCGCAAUUGAACGAGAUAAAUCGUGCAAAGCGUAAAGUAAAUGAUAAUAAGUCCUUGUCGAGCACGAUUCAUUUGCUGAGCGUGAGUCAUCUCGGGAAUUAUAAUCCGACGGACGAGAAGGAAAAGCUGUUGCAAACGAAUUGCAAUUCUGUGGUGGAAAAUGUGGAGGAAAAACGUCACCCGUUAACCAAAGGGAAUGAAACACUGGGUCACGGUUAUUUCGAGGACGAGGAACUUGUGAACGUUGUGCAAGAUUUAGUGGUUUGGAGGUAUAGUCCUGUUUUGAGCGGGACGCGAAGAUCGAUUAAUAGGAGGACGCCAUGUCAACGUUCUUACGAAUCUCAGAAGGAAACGUCCGCAGUGGAUGCCUCGAAUGUGGUGGAACGUAACGAAGAACGUAUAUUUGUCACGCCUACACCCGCAGACAAGAUUACGAAAAUUACGGAGUACAAAAAUACGGAAGGAAGGGUGCCUAAAAGAUCUACGACACUGUACGCUACGCGAAUACGUAAAACAAGCACUUCGAUGCCCACCAAUCUAGACGAGAUGGAGGAUCUUCGAAUCGAUAGGCAGAAGGGAACCGCCUCAAAGUUCACGAGAUCGGAAAGCGACGACAGCAGCAGCGUGACGUUCAGCAACAGCGGUUCAACGCCCAAUGGAAGUCCUCUCGGUUCUGAGACCGAGGAAGAGGCGAACGACGAAGAGUUGGCCAAAGUACCGUUGCAAGCUCCUCCUCGAAAGAAGAGCAGACCCAUGUCGUCAAUGAUGAACCAAAAAUUGGGAAACGAUCCGAUGGAAUUAUCCGGCGGGCAGAGCGCGACCUCCACAAUAACGAGCGUCAACAGUAUCAGCAGUUUGCUCAAGGAGAAACUUCAGUUGUCCAUUCCCCAAGCUCUGCGCAGCAGCAAGAAGAGGCAGAACGCCGAUUAUCGCCUCCGCGCUUUCGUCGGGAUAUUGUUUCUCUGCGUCGUUUUCCUCGUAGGAUUCGCGCACAUUUAUUACACCCAACACGUUCUCCAACGGGCCUAUUUCGACAAAUUUAGGUUCAAUAAGAACCAACGGGUGAUGCACGUGUACAGCAGCACAGGGGUCGAGGUGAUAUCGGCGCGGCUAGGCGAAGGUAUAUCAGCGGACACGGGUGUCUUCCCUUGCCUGUCCCAUUACCAGAGGGAGGACUCGGUUUGCCUGGAGUGGCUUCAACAGGCGCGUCUGUACCUCGCCCACACGAAACACCCGGACAUGCACUGUUACCACGUCACCUGGCAGAGCCUGAGCUCCCAUUACAACCCGAAAGAUUGCUUCGAUUGGUCGCCGAAAAGGGGCCAUUGGUACGGUGGUGGGCAAGUUCAAAACAUGCCUUAUCCCCUGGAGCGUGGCCGCCUCGAGCUCAGCCCGUUCAUCACGGGCGACAUCGCCAAACAUCCGUUCGGUAACGUGUUGAAGAGGUAUUUCUUGAAUUCGAAGGGGGCCACGAUACUCGUCGACCCGGAAACGCCGCUCUACGUGUCCAUCAGGGCGAACAGAAGCAAUCACUUUUGCCUGCAAGCAAAACACGACGCUUUCGCUUACGUCAAUUACCUCACGCCUUAUCCUCAAUUGAAUUACACCAUAUGCGCCACGGACAACAUGAAGAAUUUGCACUCGUCAAUGGCGGAAAAAUCUUUGUGGGACGGCCUCAAGCCGGACGAACUGUCGGCCGUUCAUUCACUGUUGACAGAGCCGGUCUGGCAAAUAUCGCCCACCAGCGAGGCAGCCGUUUACAAUUACACCGAGGACGUGAUCGCUUUGCCGUUCUUGCGCCAAGGCCACGUUUUGCUGAGCGAGGAAUGGCAACCGAGCGCGGGCGAUUUCGUCCUGGACGAGGAACGAUUCCCAUCGAUGGAGGAAACUAUCAAUAUCAUUCAUCGUAGGGGAUUUAGGAUCGUCUUUACUAUACAACCGUUCAUAUCGACCGAGUCCAUCAAUUUCAAAGACGCGGUAUCGAAUAGGUUAUUGAUAUCCGAGAGAGGAAGCGAUCCAAGAAUACCCGCUCUCACCAGGUACAAGCAGAGCAACAGCAUAGGCGUUCUCGACAUUACGAACAAUAAAACUCUUCCUUGGCUUCAGUCCAAGCUCGAAAGUUUGAUCACCAAGUAUCACGUGGACUCGUUCUACCUCGAUUUGGGUACGGCUCAAGACAUGCCUCACUACUACAAAUGCGGCCAACCGUUGAUCAACCCGGACCACUACAAAACGAUAUUCACGAAAUCGAUUUUGGGAUCCGUGCCGGUGAUCGGCGUCUCGGGGGCGAUUUCCAGGCCUCGAGCCCCGGUCUUCGUCUCCCUUCCCCCAUUCUCCUCCUCGUGGAAGGCGAUCAAGACCGUCAUACCGACGAUUCUCACCUACGGGAUACUCGGUUACCCGUUCAUCAUGCCGGGCGCUGUUGGCGGGGACGUUGCCCUCCCCAUGUCCGACAACAAUCCCGACAACGACUUCGAGGUGAACCUGCCCGACAAAGAAUUGUACAUCAGAUGGUUGCAAUUGUCCACCUUCCUCCCCGUCAUACGAUUCACCCAUUUGCCGAGCAAAUACUCGGACGAUUCCGUUCUCGAGAUAGCGAAGAGAUUGACAAGCUUGAGGCAGAAAACGGUGACCCCUUUUCUUAAGAAAUACGCGAACGAGACACUCGACACCGGCCUGCCGAUUAUACGACCGUUGUGGAUGCUCGAUCCAACCGAUCCCGCUUGUUUGGUCGUCUUCGACGAGUUCUCCGUAGGGGAGGAGCUUAUUGUUGCGCCCAUCCUUCAUUCGGGCAGCAGGCAGAGGGAGAUCUAUUUACCUGCGGGCGUUUGGAGGGACGGGAUCGACGGCAGCCUGAGAAAGGGGUCCAGAUGGAUCCAUAAUUACAGGGUCGCCGAGGACAAAGUCGCGUAUUUCGUGAAGAUACCGGACAACACGAGAUUUUAAUCGGUUCUUUUUUUUUUUUUUUUUUUUUUGUACAUAGAAAAUUUUCUAAAGAACGAGACGAGAAAGGAAGAAGUAUCGGAAGAUAUUUUUUUUUUUUUCUUUUCAAGAACGUUUUUUUUAAGCAAAUUCAUUCGGGACCAGAAUCAAUCGAUAUCAAGGGUAUCGAUGCAUUUUUCAUUUUGGAGACUGCGGACGAAAAUGUUAAAGAAUUGUCGCCCUGAAAGUAUUUAUUUCUUUAUAUAUAUAUAUAUAAAUAUAUAUAUAUAAAUAUAUAUUUAUUUUAUUUUA